CCGAUCCUAUUCGGUCUCCGUAGAUUGAGUGAGGUAGAUCAAUGAAAGCUGAAUGAAUCGUUAUCUGUGACCUUCCCUGUUUAUGCCGACAUUUCUCUGAGUAUUAUCCGCACCUUUCGAUAUACGAAGAUCAGUUAGAAUGCCGUUCGGUAGGCAGUGGACCGAUAACAGAGACCUUCGACGUGAGAUCCGCACAACUGGCACAGGUAUCACAAAUGAUGAACUGACGGGCGACUUAGAAGACGAGUUGGCGUGUUCCGUGUGCUAUACCAUCCUGCUGACAGCCAUGACCAUGGCGUGUGCGCACAGAAUCUGUGAGUCCUGUGCAGAUUCUCUGCAGACGCAAAGCUGCCCAGAGUGUAGAGCUGCAUUCGGUUCUCUUGGAGUCGACGAAGAAACCAGACAGCGGGUGGGUGAGGUCCCCGCUAAAUGCGGCCAAUGUGGUAGUUUCCAGGGCUCCGUGAAAGAUGUUCUUAAGCACAAGGAGAAGGAGUGCCUGUCCCAGACGGUGUACUGUCGCUGGAGAGGCUGUGGUGACACAAUGGCAAGGGGACUGCUGGGCCCGCAUGAGGACGUCUGUGAUAACAAAAAGGUUACUUGUCACUGUGGCUACAAGACGAUCCUGGUGGAGUUGGACAGACAUUUGGCGACGGAGUGUGCGACCCUUCCCAUCCGAUGUCCAUUGGACUGUGGUACUAAUGUUGAAAGGGCCAAAGUGGCAGUACACAUCACUCAAGAGUGCCAACGAAAGGUGACCUGUUGCUCAGUGCCAGGUUGUGGUUUUGUGGGGAGGGUCCCGGACUUGGCCGAGCACAAGGAGGGGUCUGCAAGCAGACAUGUUAAGCUGCUCGAACUUUACAACACCAGACUCAAGAUCUGCUUGGCCGAGGGCAAGAUAAAGCGAUCAGACGCAGCCCUCGUCUAUGGUAGGGUGAAAGCCAUAAUAUUCACUGUCCCCCAGCUAAAGAGAAAGAUUACAGAGGGAAGAACCACCUUCACCUCGCCAUCCUGCAAGAAUAUCCACGACGGGGAGUGGAAGGUGUCUCUUCAGAAAGAGGGGUAUAGGUGGUACCUAUGCCUGUGCCUCGUGUCACGAGCCAGCCCCCUACAUUUAAAAGUCAUGUUCCUACUGCAAUCGCCUGGCCCUGACUGCGGGGAGGACCAUGCUAUUACACUGGAUGGGACAGUGGAGGCCAAGGAAAACUGGAGAUACGGAGCUCCAGUUCCGUUUGGCCAGCUGGAGGAAUACAGCGCGCACGAUGAUCGGCUCACAGUGAAGGUGUUGCUGCAGGAAGUGUCGGCGUCUGUAGAUAUGUAGAUUCUAGUAUGUUUAAGUCUAGUAAAUAAUCCAUCUAGUUUUUGACACGAGAUUUCAAAAUCUGUUUGUAGAUGGUGUAUUUUGAUAAAAGUUGUGUUAUACCUAUGUAUUUUAUAGGUGUUUCUUAAUGGUGUGUUUUGACAUGUGUUCAUCCUAUGUGCAUGUAGAAUUUCUUAAUUUGUUAUGUUCAUUUUAAUAACUACGUUUGAAUUAAGCAUAACGGGAGGUGCCCUAAGAUGGUAUCCGCUAUAAGAUGGCAUUAAUUUUUUGCUGAUGUUAUGAUGCAUAUGUGUUUGUUGCCACUAUGCUGAUUAGAUAAAUAAACCAAGUCCAUGUACACAACUGUUUUGCAUUAAGAUAUACUUACACUUAUUCACUGCAGUUUUUAGGUGUAAUUUUCACAAUAAUGUUGGUAGAGCCUAAUCAUUGUGGUCACUUACUAGGUAUU